GUUUAAUAUAUUAAUUUUAAAAACCUUCAAAAGAGGUUAUGUUAUCAUAUAGAUAAAUCGUUUAGAAUGUCAAGCAUUUUUACUUGAACUUUUUACUUAUGUAAAGAGAGUAUUUUUUAAGUGUGGCAUUUAUGGUAUUUUAUCAUAUUAAAAUCAUAUAUUACAGUAAUUAGAUUAAAAUUAGAGAGUGAUCAAAUGAUAUAGGUUAUAAAUUUUAAAAUACUGAAGACUUCGUUAAACAAAAUGGCUGUCGCAUACAUCAUAUUUGCUUUGGAUUUAAUGAACACCUUUUUCUACAAUGCUGUAUUUGUAAGAACAGUUCUAGGACUUAAAGGAUCAUAUACUUUUAUUGGAAUUGCUGGAUCCUGCAGUGCACUUCUGUGUUUUUUAUGGAAACCAAUAGCAGGUAGCCUGAGUGACAAAAGAGGAACGUCAAAACUAUUAACUUGGUGCCUUUUUGCUGGCUUAAUUGCUCCCAUUUUAACAUAUGCCAGUCAGUCGUUAAAGUAUUUAUUUUUAUGCAGAUUACUUUUAGCAUUUUCUAGUCCUAGUCAAGUGUUGUUGCGAACGAUCAUAACAAAUAAUGCAAAUGAAAAACAGUCAGAAGCUCUGGCUAAACUUGGUAUGGUGGCAGCCGUAUUUAUUAGCAGUGCGGCACUUAUUAUUGGCUUCCUUUUGGAUCGUGCCAAUGGUUUAGAUUACAUUUAUGGUAUCAUGGUAGUAAAUGCAGUUAGUAAUUUAAUCUUGACCCAGUUCCUUCCUUCAUCCGAAGUGCUACAAAAUCAAGCUGAAUCUACAGCCAUCGACCAAAUAACUACUCCGUUAAAAAACCUGAAAACAUUGUCUACGUCUGAAACUUACUGUGAUAUAUUUCUGUCAAAAGCAUUAGUAGCCUUAAGUUUUGGGAUUGUUGAUAGCAAUGCCGUACUAGUUUUUAUGGCCAAGGGCAUAACGGGUGAAUACAUCGGAUACUUGGUUACGAUGCUUUUCUUUAAUAUGUUUCUGGUUAACAUUUUGCAGGGUCGUAUGAAUAAAAUGUUUUAUAAAAAUGAUGACGGAUAUCAAAGAGCUUUGCACGCCAGUAUUAUUAUAGUUAUAACCUUGCUUGCACAAGGUUUUAGUACACAAUUAUGGAUUUUCGUAAUGGGCAUUAAUAUAAUGGCAUUCUUUAGAACUGUGCUAGAUAAUUCAACGAUGGAAAACUUACUCAAGAAAGUAAACGUUGAAGAAAAAGCAACGGUAAUGAGCAGUUUUGACAGCAUACAGUCUUUGACAGAGUUGACAGCUCCUUUAGUGGCUGGUCUGGUAUUAGAAUAUUUAGGAAUACCGAUUCUAUAUUUAAUUUCUGCUAUUCUCUUUGCGAUGCAAUGCAGUUUAGUCUACAAAAGAAAAAAUAUUACAAAUAAUGUAACAUCACAGAUAAAGAAAGAAAAUUAAAGUUAUUUUUGCAG